UUCAGCCUCGCCUAGGUAGCUGGACUCAUAGCGCUGAAUGGCCGUGGUGGCAGUGGGUUUUCCCUGGUACGAACCUCCGCCGCGGGCCCCUCCGUCCCGCUUUCCAAGCUGUGAUGCCCGUUUAGUAGUGGAGUGCCCGCCCUAAAGUCCCGUCGCUCCCCUCCGCCUUCCCGAUCUUUACCUAUUUUGACAAGACGCAAGAAGGGACGAAUCUACCUAGGCAACGAACCUGCAAACCGAAAUCCACGGCCACGGCACCUUCACAGCUUUGCUACCGAAUUCGAGCUCAACCCACCCCUCGGCUCGUAUCUGCGCGCAAUUACAAACACGCGACCCGUCCAACAGCGAGCGCCUCAAGCUCCAUCCGUCUGCCACAUCACCAGACCAACAGCCGAUCCCGCCUUAUCAGCCUCUGCUGCCCUGCCCCGCGACGACUUUGGGCUCAUAAACCGAUCGAGAUCAACUCACGCGUGCCCGAACAAGCGCCAGCACCAAGCUCUCUCUUUACCUUCGCAAGGGCGACAUUUUGUCUCUGUCAGACAACCAUCUCGUCUCUUUUCCGCUCAGCGUUCGAAAGACGGAACGAACGACGACACCCCCAACCACACAACGAACGUUGAGACAGCCAGAAUGAGUAGCUCUAGGCUGCCCUCAACGGCCACCCAGAGGCAAAAGGUUGCCCAGUUUGUCGCAGUGACCAAUGCGAGCAAGGAGAAUGCGCAACGGUACCUCCGAAAUGCAAACUACAGUGUCGAACUUGCUGCGAAUAUGUAUAUGAAUGAUCGGGAAAGGAAGCGUGGCCCAGAUGAUGCGUUGAAUCAGUUGUUCGACCGUCUGGUCGGCGACGAGGACCGAGCAGCAGCAGGAGCCGGAAAACCCGUCGAGGCCAUCGGCGCCGAAGCCGCCCAAGCCUACAUCUCCUCCAUGGGCGCCAAUAUCGAAAACGUUGAAGCUUUUGUGGUCCUUGAGAUCGUCCGCGCCGACUCCAUCGGCCAAAUCACUCGCCAGGGUUUCGUCGAGGGGUGGUCCUCCAUCUACCUCGACCACCGCAUUCCCGCAGACCCGGCCCACCACAGAAACUACGUCCGGAUGUGCAUCCAAAACCUGCCUCAAAAUCCGGCCUACUUCAAAAAAGUCUACCAGUUCGCUUUUGGCCUGGGUAAGGAACCUGCCCAAAAGGCACUGGAGAAGGACGUUGCCUUGGUAUUCUGGGAUUUGUUUUUGGGCACCGAGUCUUCAGAUACAGGACUAGGACCGAGGCCGUGGAAGAGCAAGAACGUGGAUUGGCUGGGUGCGUGGAAGCGGUUUUUGGCGGAGAAGUGGACGAGGAGCGUCAACAAGGAUAUGUGGAACCAGACGCUGGCGUUUGCGGAGAAGACGAUGGUGGAUGAGACGCUCGGGUUCUGGAACGAAGACCAGGCGUGGCCGGGCGUGAUUGACGAUUUUGUGCUUUGGUGCAGGGAGCAGGGGAUUGCCAAGGCGCCUGCACCGGGGGCAGCAGGAGGGGAGGGGAUGGAUGUUGAGGAUUAUUAGAAAGUUGGUCAUGAGCAUCCGGGGAAGGAGUGUAAAGGAUGAAGUCAAGUGGGUGGAUGUGGUUAUACGGGGGGGAGCAUAUGAGGAUGUUGGUGAGGACUCUUUCGCCUUGGCGCAGGGAGGAUAAGAGGGGCAAAGAAGAGAAGCACUGAUGGUCAUGCUGUUGCCAGUUGAUGCUGGGAGGGCUUUCGGGGCUCUCAUGGCGGUUAUCAUCUUGUUGAGGUUGCUGCCAUGGUGGUCAAGCGGCGCAUCGAAAGAUCAGAGGUUGGUUCGCAAAGAGCAAAGAAUACAUUUACACAGCGCAUUUCCAGAUACACAAUACCGAUAAGAGCAUGCAUUUACAACAUGAAGGCCAUUCAAAGGUGUAUGAAGCGGUUGGGAAUGUUUUUAGAACAAGUCUGAUUUCUCAUUGCUUCUAGACCACAUUAUAACCCUUUAGGAACUUUUAAAACAGCUUUUCUGGAGGACCA